AUGAAUGCGGUAGAAACGUUCUUAAAUUCUUCCCUUCCUAUAUCUUUCCCUGUCAAGUCUUUUACUCCAAAUGGAGUAAAAUUUGCCAUACUGAAAUACUCACUAAACAAAUCGCCAGGCUAUGAUCGCAUUACUGCGGAAACUUUCUUAUUUUCCUCUACUUUGGAAAUUCUCCACUAUAGUCUUGUACUGUUGUUCCCUAAACCAAAUAAACUGCCGGACAUUCCAUCUUCCCAUCGACCAAUCAGCCUUCUUCCAUUUUUCGCUAAAAUCCUUGAACGAUUAAUUCUGAAACGUAUUAUACCCAUCAUUACUGUAAAGAAUAUUCUUCCAAAUACCCAAUUCGGGUUUCGAACGUCUCACUCAACCAUAAACCAAUUACACAGAGUCGUAGAUGCCAUCUCGUAUUCCCUGGGAAAAAAAACUUUAUUGCAAUGUGUUUUUCUAGAAAUUUCACAAGCCUUCGAUAGGGUGUUGCWCGAUGGCCUUUUAUAUAAACUUAAGAAAUUCCUUCCACCCACUUACUACCUACUCAUCAAAUCCUAUCUAACGGAUCGAAAUUUUCAAGUUCGCUACAGUUCCGCUCUCUCUGAUAUAGGUCCUAUAAAGGCUGGCGUACCUCAAGGUGGUAUCUUAUCUCCAAUUCUUUAUAAUAUCUUUGCUUCUGACCAACCUACUACCACCAAUACAUUAGUAGCUGACUACGCUGAUGACAAAGCGUUAAUAUCCAUCAACAAAGAUCUAAUCAUAGCAUCAAUAAACCUACAAACUCACCUUAAUGCUAUGGAAAAAUGGUUCAAAAACUGGCGGUUUAAAGUUAACCAGAAUAAGUCAGUUCACACAACAUUUACCCUCAGACAUACUCCAUGUCCUGGUGUAGUUCUAUACGGCCUUCCGAUUCCCUACUCUCCAAAAAUCAAAUACCUCGGCCUUAUGCUUGAUCAAAGAUUAACGUGGGCUCAUCACAUCAGAACUAAAAGAYUAGCUUUGAAUCAUCGWCUYCGCUUACUUAAACCUUUACUAUGCAAUAAUAAAUACACAUCCACUAAAACUAAGCUUCUUAUAUACAAAACUCUAUUAAAACCACUAUGGACCUACGGCCUUCAACUUUGGGRCAAUGCGAAAAAGACAAAUAUUCAGAAAAUCCAAACCUUUCAAAAUAUUGCACUUAGAAAACUGAUGAAUGCUCCGCCCUAUGUUUCAAAUCAUACACUACACACUGAAUUAAAACUCAAAACAAUUAAUGAGGAAGCAAAAAUAUUUUAUAAAAGAUUCCAUUGCCGCCUAAAUAAUCAUCCAAAUCAUCUUGUAAAAAACUUGGCCACUCCCACGAUACCUGGAAAUCCUCCGAGUCGUUUGAAACGUAAUUGA